AUGCCUCGAGGUCAGAAGAGUAAGCUCCGUGCCCGUGAGAAAUGCCAAAAGGCCCGAAGUGAGAGCCAGGGUCUCGCGGGAGCUCAGGCCACUGCAGCAGUGGUAGAGUCUCCCUCCUCCCCCUUGCCUGUUUCUGAGGGUGCUCCCCCGCGCCCCCCUGCAGCAGGUUCUCCCCAGAAGUCUCCCAGGGCCCGGUCCGCCAGCAGCCCUGCUGCAGCCAUUUCGGGCUCUAGUUCUGAUGAAGGUGCCAAGAGCCAAGGGGAGGAAAGCCCAGGUUUGUCCCACGCCCUGCCUUCCUCUGAAAGCGCUCUCAGAGAUCAUCUGAGCAAAGAGGCGGGCCUGUUGGUGCAAUUUCUGCUGCACAAGUAUAAAGUGAGAGAACCCAUUACAAAGGCAGAAAUGCUGCAGAUUAUCAGCGAAGAGCACCAGGAGCAAUUCCCUGAGAUUCUCGGGAAGACCACUGAGCGCAUGGGGCUGGUCUUUGGCCUUGACCUGAAGGAGGUUGACCCCAGCGGUCAGUCUUAUGCCUUUGUUAGGAAAGGGGAUCUUCCCGUUGAAGGGCGUCUGAGCGACGGCGUGGGCUUUCCCAAGAAUGGGCUCCUGAUGCCCCUCCUGAGUGUGAUCUUCAUGAAUGACAACCGUGCCACCGAGGAGGAGAUGUGGGAAUUCCUGAAUGUGUUGGGGGUCUAUGCUGGGAGGAGGCACCCGCUCUUUGGGGAGCCCAGGAAGCUCAUCACCAGAGAUCUGGUGCAGGAAAAGUACCUGGAGUACCGCCAGGUACCCGACAGUGAUCCUCCUCGCUAUGAGUUCCUGUGGGGUCCGAGGGCCCACGCUGAAACCAGCAAGAUGAAGGUCCUAGAGUUUUUGGCCAAAGCCAGCGAUACUGUCCCCAGUGCCUUCCAGGCCCAUUAUGAGGAGGCUCUGCGAGAUGAGGAAGAGAGAGCCCAGGCCAGAGCUGCGGCCACAGCUGCCGCCGGGGCCUCGUCCAGCAGCACUUCUCAUCCCUAG